GAGUGCGUGACCGAGACAGAGAAAAGCGAGAGAGAUGGAGAGAUGAAGUGAGAAAGAAACAAAGAAAGAGACGGACGGACAGACAGACAGACAGACGUAGCCGCCGCCGUCGCCACCACCGCCGCCGACGACGACGACGACGACUAUAACUGCAGUGGAGCGGCGUCGUGUCGUGCUUAAUGUAAGACACGGAAAAAGAAGAAAAGAAAGACAGAAAAAGGAGAAAAAAAUUAGACAAAUCAUAAAACUCGACACACACGCGCGCGAAGUGGCAACGACGCAAACAAUAUUUAAAAAGGCAAUCAUGUGUGAUGGAUAUUCGACUUGAUUUUCUUCGAUUCUUCGUUCACGAGUGCAUUUCCCCCUCCCUCCUCAUUGUCGUUUAGCUCUUCUCUAAAGUUGAUGAUGGCAACGUGUCGCGCGUCGUUCGCAAAGAUGAUACAUUACGUGUACGGGGUCAAAAAAUCGUUUUUAAUCAAAGAAAAACUAUUAAAGAAUUAUUUGGACUACAAGUUUUAAGAAAAAAAUAAGAAUAAUUGGUCUAUUUUUCUUAAUUAUCAGCGAACCAAGUCCUUCAAUUAUUCCUACUUGCAAUAUCAUAUUUCAUGACAUAAUAUAACAUGUAAAACAUUAGGGAAUAAAAGAAAAUGAGAAAGUAUCAUUAGGGUAGAUCUUUGAUGCGUCAUGGGGUUGUUUAGCCACGUUUUACACUCGAAGAGAUUAACUGUGUGACGCGCGUGUAUGCGUGUGUAUGCAAGGAGGGGAUAUGUGAGUGAGUCAAGGAGCACAAGAGAGAAAGAAUAAGAGAGAGACAGUCUCUCAGAAUAAGAGAUUCAAAAAGGUGACCGACGCUAACCGUUAAAAGCUGUGCUUCGUGGACUCUCUCCUCUCUCUCUCUCUCUCUCUCUCUCUCUCUCUUUCUCCCCUCUCUCUUUCUCUCUUUAUCUAUCUAUCUCUCUCUUGUCCUCCCGCCCUUCUCCACUCCACUCCUCUCUUUCUCUCGUUCCUCUUUCGUCGGUCUGCUGCUACUGCUCGCUUCCGUGGUUGUGUGUCGCGUUGCACGGGUGUGCUCGUCGCCCAGGAGGCGAUAAAACCUUUUCCUUUGACGAUUCAAAAAGUCGUGCAUGUGUAUAUCUAAGAACAAUCCUCGAGGAAGGAUCGCAUAGGAUUAUAUGAUUCGUGACCCGUCAAACGGUGCCAGCUCGAGAGAUCGACUCUACAGCCGUGGCCCCAUGGACGGGAUAUUGGAAGAACCUCCUGUUAAGGACUCUUCUCAGAGCAAUUCUGACAAAGUGUCAAAAGACAUGGUCAUUCCCAAUGGUAUCAAUGGAAAAUAUGGUACGGAAAAAGAAGAAUAUCCAGACUCUGAUGGUUGCGCAUUCAAAAUUUCAUCCAAAGAGACUGUUAGCAAAGGAAAGGAAGAGAUGGAGAUGGAUGAAGAAGACGAUGAUGAGGACGAAGAGGAGGAUAUUAUAGAAAGAAGACACUUUGAGAACGAAGAAAGGGGUACAGAAUCGGAAGAUAGUGAGCUAAAUAAGUUGAGAAAAAAUAGGAAUAAGGGGGGUUCAUUGUACAAGUCGAGAAACGACUCUAUGGUUUCAGAAUCUUCCGAUGGUGUCAGUGAGAUGAACGAUACUAGUGAAGUGUCUAGAAAUGAAGACAAGUGUAGAAAUACAUCUUGCGAAGCUAUGGAUGUUGAUGAACAGAGUAAUAAUUCUGAUGUAGAAUGUUUGGAUGAGAGUAUCACAAGAGUACGAAUGGAUAAUGACAGCAUGUUUGCUUUAAAAAAAUCUAAUAUAAAUGAAGGUAAAGAUAUGUCAUGUAGUAACAUGCAACAAUCCAAUAGUUCUACUGAAAUCCUAGACAGCAGUAUGGAUACAUCCGAUGUAAAGAUAUGCGAAGAAAAUGGAUGUUGCAAUAGUCCAGACAUAGAGGAGAUAACAGAUAGUGCAAAGAAUAAUGGUCUUAAUACAUCUCAAGAGCGUUCUUUAAAGGAUCCUGCUAAACAGAAAAAAUCAAGAAAGCAAGUAGAUCUUAGUAGUAUUACGCCUAGAAGAAGUUCUCGUAAUAUUAAAAGAACAAGUUAUAUAGAAAGAGAAGUCGAAGAGGAAGCGGACGACGAUGGUUCGGAUAUAGAGGAAAUUAAACCGGAAGAUCCGUUAGCUGGAAUAGAUACUAAGGAUAAAGAGAAUUCCAAACUGAAGUCACCUACGAAAAAUAGUAAAACCACCAUUGUGGUUAAUGAUACCAAGCGUUUGGUAGAAAUAGCUGCUGGCAGUAAAUCAGUUAAAGGUGGUAAAAAGGAACCUACGUUAGUUAUAAUAGACACAAACUCCAUACUUUCUGGACGCGGCGGCAUGCCUGUUGGUAACAAUAAGCCUCACCAUACCGUUUCUAAUACAAGUUCUUUCUCGGUCGUUCCAAUGAAUAUGACCACUCAAACGAUGUAUCCAAAUAUGAGAACAACUAUUACGCCGGUACCCAUGACAUCUAAAACUGCACAAUUAAGCCCCAAACCGAGUAGCAUGACUACGGUCAAUCCUGCUUUGGCACCAAUAUUGCCAACUUUAACAGAUGAUAUGUUUGUGGUAGAAGCACCAUCAUUUAUAGUACCUUACGUUUAUGAAAAGCCUCCAUUGAAACCAUUGAAAGAAUUUGUUUCUAAAUUAGAAAAAAGCAUAGAGGAGAAACAAAAAGAAGAAAUAUUGAAAAAAAUGACGGAAGAUACUAAAGAUAAUCAAGAUAUUAACGAAGAUUUGUUUGAAAUAAAUAAAAAAGUAGAUAUUAGAAACCAAGAAAGUGAGAAUGAGGGAAGUUUGAGGUCUAAAAAGGAUGGAGACGAUAGUGGGCCUGAUAUGACGGAUGUUAUGGAAUCUGGUAUUUCUAAUAUGAGCGACAAGCACGAUAUGAGACAAGAAGAUAGAAAUAAAGUAAUAACUUACUUUGACUUACCUUUGGGUAAAUUUUUCAUGCAAAUUGGAGUAAAUCUCGUUCAAGAGUAUGUACAAACGGAUUUACUACGGACUCAGAAACGUAAACAAGGCAAAGGUAGCACGUCAGCUGAGACACAAUUAGCUAUAAAUUCACUCAUCAAGAAUUUAGAGUUUAGUAAGGAAAAUAAUGAACCAUUCCACUUAGAAAUGAAAAAAUGUGAAUUCUGUAAUUUUAAAACAGAAUCUACAUUAGUAAUGCAGCAUCAUUUAGAAACUCCUCAUAUGCGAAAUUACGUCUACAAAUGUAACUUUUGUCCCAUGGAGGUUCGAAGUCCUCACGACAUAUUAUUCCACAUGGAAGCAGAACAUAAUACUCGUGGACGAUUGGAACGCGGCCCAGCUUUUCAUCAGUGUCCAAAUUGUCCGUUUGAAGAUAACCAAAAAGGCAAACUUACGCGACACAUUCUUGCUUGUUCUAAGAAGUUUAGACCAGAACGGAAUCUAGAACCUGCUGCAGAUUGGGAGCCACCUGCUAAGAUUCCAAGAUUAAAUCGUGCGCGUCCUGUUGGACCGACCAAUCCUAAUGCUCUUGCUAUGGCUAUGAGUGCCAAAGGUCCGCAACCGCUUUUACCCAAACUACUUCCGGCACCUAUAACAGGUCGUGGAAGAGGACGCCCGCCGAUGCAACCUAGAUAUCCGGAUAUGAAAACCUUAAGACCUGGUAGUACUACUAUGCGGCAAGAUAAUGUUGCAGGCAUGAUGUAUCGACCAACAUCUUCUGGCCUAUUAGUUCCCGCUUCAUACCAAUUUGGUAGUAAUCAGUUGUUCCAGGUGGUGGGUGGCUCUGGGACUGUCAUGUCGGCUGUCUCGGGAGUGAGUAGCAGUAGCGGCGGCAGUUCCGGUCAACCCACACCCAUUGCACUUGUACCCAACGUAAUCGAGUCUCUCUCUAGGUUGUCCUCAUCACAGAAUACAACGGCCAGUACAAAAAAUCCUACGGCAAAAUUAUUAAGUCAACCGAGUAUAUCUAUAACUCCAUUACCACGUACAACAUCUCAAACCUCCAUUCCUGGUUCAGGAACAUCUUCUAAAUCUGGAGGGAAAAAUACAUUCGUUAUAUGUGAAAUUUGUGAUGGUUACAUUAAGGAUCUUGAACAACUAAGAAAUCACAUGCAAUGGAUUCAUAAAGUAAAAAUACAUCCAAAGAUGAUUUAUAACAGACCUCCAUUGAACUGCCAAAAAUGUCAAUUCCGAUUUUUCACAGAUCAGGGCUUGGAAAGACAUUUGCUUGGAUCUCAUGGACUCGUUACGUCCAGUAUGCAAGAAGCAGCGAAUAGAGGAAAAGAUGCUGGUCGUUGUCCAGCUUGUGGCAGAGUAUAUCAAUGGAAAUUAUUAAAUCAUGUUGCACGGGAUCACGGAAUGACAUUAAAACCCGCGCAUUUAUCAUAUAAAUGUACAGUUUGCACUGCCACAUUUGGAAUGUACAAGCAAUUUGAAAAUCACGUAUACUCAGCACACAGCGUUGUGGCGAAAAGAGUAAUGGAUAAAAAGAAUACCCCAUCGUCUCCGUCAUCAAGAUCAAAUGAUUCCCUUUUAAAACCAUUGAAGAUAAACGACGAAAUAACAAUAAUUCCACAACCAGCAAAACCAACAACUAGAUCUGGUGCAUCUCAAGGCAGAAGCAAAUAGCAAUGAUCAGCAGAGUGAUACGUGUGUCUUGUUUUACAGAAUUUCACGUAACUCUGGAUGAUACGCCGUUAAAAGCGGUCACUGAAAAUAUUUUACAGUGAGACGUGCUGUGUACAUGUGUAUGCAUAUACUAUGCUUAAGAUUUGCAAUUACUGAAACUAAAACUCGACUCUUGACGAAAGGAAAAAAGAAAGAAAAAACGGAAAAAAAAGAAAUAAGAAAACUAGUUGACUGCGUAAAAUAAUAUUCCAUCAAUGAUUAUACCAAUAUAUAUUUAUUUAAGAAUUUUUAUUGUUGUUAUCGGACAUACAUAAAAACAGACUGUAAAAACAUGAAAGCGUGGCCUUCAGUCUAAUUCCUUAGUUUAUCCUAAAAGCUACGUAUUCCCGCUUUACACAAUGGACUCAAUGAAUGCAUAAAAAAAGUAUUUUGCAUUCUUCGUCAUGUAUAUCGGUACACUUUAAAUAGUGAAUUAUUUGUAAUGUAUAAAUUGUUUUGUAAGAGAAAUAUAAUCGAAAUGUCAUUUUA